UCAUUCACUCCGUCCCAUUUUUAGCUUUCAUUUUCACUACAGCGAAGAAAAAAUCCUCUCCGUUUUCAAAAUCUCCGGCGAGAAAAUGACGAAUUACGGCACCAUACCGACGUCAUCUUCCGGUCCGGUAAAUGUGGAGUUCAUCAGUAGAGCAAAAGAUGUGUUAAAGGAAGGUUUAGCUGCUCGUAGGCCAUGGAAGGAGAUGUUCAAUUUCCACUCCUUCAAUCUUCCAUCCGGAUUCAGCGAUGCUAUAUCACGAAUUAAGACAAAUUUCUCCUUCUUCCAGACGAACUAUGCUAUCAUAGUGCUCGUUAUUGUCUUCCUAAGCCUGCUCUGGCACCCAAUCUCACUCAUCGUCUUCAUAGUUCUGAUGGCCGUUUGGUUGUUUCUGUACUUCCUCCGUGACGAGCCGUUAGUGAUUUUUGGCCGUCUGAUUUCUGAUCGUGUGGUUCUGAUUGUUCUAUCUGUUCUUAGUCUCGCUUUGCUGCUGUUUACCGGCGCUACAUCUAAUAUCCUGAUAUCGCUAGCGGUCGGCGUGUUUGUGGUGUUGAUUCAUGCUUUGAUAAGGAAGACUGAUGAUUUGUUUUUGGAUGAAGAAGGUGCUGGGUUCUUAAGAUCUGCUCCAUCGUCUUAGUUUGCUGUGUUAAUCCCCAGUCAGUUGAAGUUUGUCAACCAAUUGUAGUUUUUUUUUUGUGAAUUUAUGUAAUUUCCGAUUACUUCUUCGAUUGAUUGUUUGCAUCACCAUACACUUUUGUUCAUUUCUCGUUGAAUUUGAUCAUCGAUGAAUGGUGGUUUGUUGUUA